CACGAUCCAGCUGCCAGCUCUAGUCAAUUCCCAUCACUAACUGUAUUAAUUUUGUUUAGUCAAUCAGUCUCCAAUUAGAAAUAAUCAAACUCGUGACGAAAUGUCGUAUGGACAAGGUUAUAAUCCGUAUGCCCAACCCGGAGGCUAUGCCGCUCCGCCCGGAGCAUUUCCGCCACAGAACGCCCAGGUGUCUCCCCAGGCGCAGCAAUGGUUUGCCAUGGUGGAUCGCGAUCGAUCCGGAAAAAUCAACUCCUCGGAGCUGCAAGCUGCUCUCGUCAAUGGGCGCGGGGACCAUUUCUCGGACAACGCCUGCAAACUUAUGAUAAGUAUGUUUGACAGCGAUGCCAGCGGCACCAUUGAUGUUUAUGAGUUCGAGAAGCUCUACAACUAUAUCAACCAGUGGCUGCAGGUCUUCAAGACCUAUGACCAGGACAACUCGGGACACAUCGAAGAGCAGGAGCUGACCCAGGCCUUCACCCAAAUGGGUUUCCGGUUCACUCCAGAAUUUAUUGGUUUCUUGGUAAAGAAGAGCGAUCCGCAGACCCACAAGGAGAUAUCCGUGGAUCAGUUCAUAGUGCUUUGCGUGCAGAUCCAGCGCUUUACGGAGGCCUUCAGGCAGCGCGACACCCAGCAAAAUGGAACCAUUACCAUUGGCUUCGAGGACUUCUUGACCGUGGCCAUUGGCUGCUCUUACUAAACUGAA